AUGAAGCAAGCUAAGGCACAGGCCAAGGCACAGGCCAAGGCACAGGCCAAGGCACAGGCCAAGGCACAGGCCAAGGCACAGGCCAAGGCACAGGCCAAGGCACAGGCCAAGGCACAGGCCAAGGCACAGGCCAAGGCACAGGCCAAGGCACAGGCCAAGGCACAGGCCAAGGCACAGGCCAAGGCACAGGCCAAGGCACAGGCCAAGGCACAGGCCAAGGCACAGGCCAAGGCACAGGCCAAGGCACAGGCCAAGGCACAGGCCAAGGCACAGGCCAAGGCACAGGCCAAGGCACAGGCCAAGGCACAGGCCAAGGCACAGGCCAAGGCACAGGCCAAGGCACAGGCCAAGGCACAGGCCAAGGCACAGGCCAAGGCACAGGCCAAGGCACAGGCCAAGGCACAGGCCAAGGCACAGGCCAAGGCACAGGCCAAGGCACAGGCCAAGGCACAGGCCAAGGCACAGGCCAAGGCACAGGCCAAGGCACAGGCCAAGGCACAGACCAAGGCACAGGCCAAGGCACAGGCCAAGGCACAGACCAAGCCAAGCCAAGCCAAGUAAAGCCAAACCACGCCAAGCCAAGCCAAACCACGCCAAGCUAAGCCAAACCACGCCAAGCCAAGCAAAGACAAACCACGCCAAGCUAAGCCAAACCACGCCAAGCCAAGCCAAGCAAAGACAAACCACGCCAAGCCAAGCCAAGCCAAGCCAAGCUAAGCCAAGCCAAGCUAAGCUAAGCCAAGCCAAGCCAAACCAAGCCAAACCAAGCCAAGCCAAGCCAAGCCAAGCCAAGCCAAGCCAAGCCAAGCCAAGCUAAGCCAAGCCAAGCUGCCAAGCCAAGCCAAGCCAAGCCAAGCCAAGCUAAGCUAAGCCAAGCCAAGCAAAGACAAACCACGCCAAGCCAAGCCAAACCAAGCCAAACCAAGCCAAGCCAAGCCAAGCCAACCCAGCAGCAAUGGAAAGCAGAGUAG